UGUUUUAUUAAAAAUGAAAUCAGUUUUAUAUUUGUAUGUACUUACUGGGGUGACUUUUUCAGAGAAUGUCUGCAGGAUUCAAGAGUGGUUCCAGCUUCAAACAUUACAUAAAAAGGGUGAUAUUAUGUUAGGAGGAAUAUUUGAAUUAACUUAUACAUCAUUUGUUCCAGAUUUUACCUUCACAGCUAAACCAGAAAAAUGGAAAUGUGAGAGUCUGGAUUUUGAAGUGUUCCAGUGGGCACAUGCAAUGAUUUUUGCCAUUGAAGAAAUCAAUCAAGAUCCAGUGCUUCUUCCCAAUAUAACGCUAGGCUACAGGUUAUAUGACAACUGCUUAAGGCUACAGGUGGCCCUGAGAGCUGCAAUGAAUCUGAUUGGUGGACUGAAUGACAGCAUUCCUGAUAACGACUGCAGAGGACUGCCUCCUGUCGUUGGCAUUGUUGGCGAUCCACUUUCAUCACAUUCAAUUGCCAUUUCAAGAAUUCUGGGUCUGUUCAGGAUCCCUCUGAUCAGCUACUAUGCCUCUUGCUCUUGCUUAAGCAAUAAGAUAGACUAUCCAUCAUUCUUUAGGACUGUACCUAGUGACGCAUUCCAGGUUAAAGCUAUGGUACAAAUAAUUAAACAUUUUGGAUGGACAUGGGUGGGUGUCAUAGGAACUGAUGAUGACUAUGGGCAAUAUGCCGUGAAUAGUUUCCAUGAAGAAAUUAAACCAUUUGGAUGCAUUGCUUUUACAGAAACAUUUCCCAAAGCCCAAGAAAAGUUCAGAUAUCUUCAAAUAAUUAAUACAAUAAAACUUUCAACUGCAAAAGUCAUUGUUGUCUUCUCUUCAACUGCAAAUUUAUUAGCAUUUUCCACAGAAAUCAUUCAGCACAACUUAACUAACAGACAGUGGAUUGCCAGUGAAGGAUGGAGCACCUCAAGUGUUGUAGCAAGCAAUGAAAACUUUCCAUUCCUUGGGGGGACAAUUGGCAUUGCCAUUCGUAGAGGGAGAAUCCCAGGACUGGAUAACUUUCUUCUCCAGAUCAGACCCAGUAGUGAUCCAAACAAUAAUUUAAUUCCUCGCUUCUGGGAGUCAAUGUUUGAAUGCAAAUUUCCAGAAGAUGUAACUGAGCAAAAUGUUUCUGUGCUCCCAGUCACCAAUGUAUGCACAGGAUAUGAGGACAUAAAUAUCACCAGGACUGCAUACACUGAUUUGACUGAAUCGAGGGCUCCAUAUAAUGUUUAUAAAGCCGUGUAUGCCUUAGCACAUGCACUCCAUCAACUAAUGUUCUGUGAAAAUGGAAAAGGGCCCUUUGAAAACAACACUUGUGCUUAUAUCAAAAGUCUGCAACCUUGGCAGCUGAUGCAUUAUCUGAAAAAAGUGAAUUUCACCAAUCGACUUGGGGAAAGAGUGGCAUUUGAUGAAAACGGGGAUGCUCUUGCGGUGUAUGACAUAGUGAACUGGCAAAGAGCAAGUGAUGGCUCGGUGAACAUUAAAACCAUAGGUGUUUAUGAUGAAGCAGCCAGCAAGGGACAAGAGCUCUUUCUCAGCGAAUAUGACAUCUUUUGGAACUUUGAUUCUGGAAAGGUCCCAGAAUCUGUCUGCAGCCAAAGUUGCCAACCUGGAACUAGAAAAGCCACUAGGAAAGGAGAGCCAGUCUGCUGUUUUGAUUGUGUGCCAUGUGCAGAUGGGGAAAUUAGCAGAGAAACCGAUUCAGUUGAAUGCUUUCAGUGCCCAUCUGAGUUUUGGUCAAAUCCUUCCAGGACUCAGUGCAUUCUAAAGGAGAUUGAAUUUCUUUCAUAUGAAGAUGCUAUGGGAAUAACACUCACAGCAACUGCGAUAUUUGGGAGUUGCAUGUCUGUUGGUGUUUUAGUAGUUUUUAUUUACUAUCGAAAUACUCCAGUUGUAAAAGCCAACAAUUCAGAACUGAGCUUCCUUUUGCUUUUGUCUUUAACGCUCUGCUUCCUUUGCUCUCUAUGUUUUAUCGGAGAGCCUUCAAAUGCAAACUGCACGUUGAGACAUGUGGUGUUUGGAAUCAGCUUUGUUUUGAGCAUUUCUUGCAUUCUUGUAAAAACAAUUGUUGUCAUUAUGGCCUUUAAGGCCACACUGCCGGGAAAUAAUAUGAUGAAGUGGUUUGGUGUAACACAGCAGAGAGGCACAGUUUUCAUGUUUACUUUUAUUCAGUCACUCAUAUGUGUGGUGUGGUUAAGUUCAGCUCCACCAUUUCCCUCUAAAAACAUUAAAUAUCACAACUCAAAAAUUAUAUUUGAGUGCGAUGUUGGAUCUUUCAUUGGAUUCAGUUGCCUUCUGGGUUACAUUGGUCUAUUGGCUGGCAUCUCUUUUGUAUUGGCUUUUCUUGCAAGAAAUCUCCCAGACACCUUCAAUGAAGCCAAGUUCAUCACUUUCAGCAUGCUCAUCUUCUGUGCUGUCUGGAUAACAUUUAUACCUGCCUACAUCAGCUCUCCUGGAAAGUACACAGUGGCUGUCGAGAUUUUUGCAAUUCUGGCAUCAAGUUUUGGUCUACUUGGUGCAAUUUUUGCCCCAAAGUGUUAUAUUAUUCUGCUUAAGCCAGAAAAGAAUACAAAGAAAGCUCUUAUGGGCAGAUAAUUUACUUAAAGCAUACAAUUGCUAAUCUUUCAUAAUUGAAAAUUUUGUUAUUUGUUUGUAAAAGGCACAAGUAAAAAUAAAAAAGGUUUUACAAUUAGGGAUGUUGGAUGAGGUAGGUCUCCAGCUUCACAGCACUUGAAUAAAAGAAUGGACUUUAUGCUAGCAAACUGUCCUUAUUUUCACACGCAUUCUAAAUGCCAUAACUUGCCUUUUUAAAAUAUGUCAGUGUUGAUAUAUCCAUGACUUCAUAUGGGUAACACUUUUAAUAGGGGCCAUCUUAUCUUUUAUUCUCUUCCCACUCUUGUAAACCAGACCAGCUUUGCAGUAAGUUUUGCAUACUACACCACAGGAGUUGGGCAGAAGAUGCUCAGGUAGAGAAUUUAAUAAUGUGCAUAGUACGGUGUCAGCUCAAUAGGAGGCAAUAUACCCAUUACUCAAAGAAAUAACCACAAGUAAAGGAGCAAACUUCUUCUAUUCUAAUAGGCUGAAACAGGGAGAUCUGUUAAAAAAGACAUGGCUCCCUGCUUGUUAUGGAUUGGUGACCAAGAGAUUAUGACUCCUGGUGCUAACCAGAGGAAAAGCCCAAGCCGAGGGAAGUUAUCCCUAGAAGAAGUUCCUAGCCAAGGUUUAAAAAUAACUCUUAGUAAGAAAGUCUAUGUUUCUAUAGUCAGGAGAAAGAGGCAGGAGGAAAAACAGCCUUAAAGGACACACGGAGGGAAGGGAGGUGGGACAGAAAUUAGUUUUCAAUAUAUCAUGAAGGUAAAUUGCAAAUGUUCCCCAGUUUUUAGACAGGGAUACAAGCACUGUUUAGUUAGGCACAGGCAGUUUGCUUUCAUGGAUUAUACCCACGUCCAUUCCUUCACUAAAUGUGCUGUACUGGUAUGACAAAAGUGUUCUGGAAAAAUUCUCUGAAACUGGAAUAUCGGUAAAACAAAACCUUUAUUUUAUUAUGUGUCAAAGGUUAGAUGUAUAAUGAAAAUGUGCUGAAAAUAUCAAUUUACUCCAAAUAUUGUACACAUAAUUUCUAUUCAAUUAAAAAAUGUGGCUGUAUUUUCUUGGCUUUUCUUGUUUCUAAAUGGAUCA